AUGAAGCACUGCGGUGAAAUUAUUGGGAUGUCUGGUGACGUAUCCGCGGCUCCGCCGUCUGCUCUGGAGGUUGUCAGCUUCGUGGGUAAAACAGUUGGCGCAGGCGCGGCACUGACAGCUGCUGUCUACUUACUCCGCAAAGUCUGCUUAAUAAUGGCCUGGAAAUCUGGAGGAGCCAGUCAUGCAGAGCUUGUCAACAAUCUCCGCAAAAAUGGCAUUAUUAAAUCCGACAAGGUGUAUGAAGUCAUGCUGGCCACAGACCGAGCACAUUUCUCUAGGUGUAACCCUUACAUGGACUCCCCGCAGUCAAUAGGUUAUCAAGCAACCAUCAGCGCUCCUCAUAUGCAUGCCUAUGCUCUGGAGCUCCUACACGACCAGCUGUAUGAGGGAGCCAAAGCUCUGGACGUUGGCUCGGGCAGUGGGAUCCUCUCCGCCUGCUUCGCACGAAUGGUAGGCCCUAAAGGGAAAGUUAUAGGAAUUGAUCACAUCAAAGAGCUGGUAGAUGAUUCUAUAAACAACUUGAAGAAAGACGACCCCAGUUUGAUAACUUCAGGCCGAGUCAAGCUAAUGGUGGGAGACGGGCGAAUGGGCCACCCAGAGGAGGCCCCCUACGACGCCAUUCACGUUGGUGCCGCCGCACCCACGGUCCCCCAAGCUCUUUUGGACCAGCUGAAGCCCGGCGGGCGGCUGAUUCUACCCGUGGGCCCGGCGGGGGGGAAUCAGAUGCUGGAGCAGUAUGACAAGUUGGAAGACGGAAGCACCAAAAUGAAGCCCUUGAUGGGGGUGAUUUAUGUGCCUUUAACAGACAGAGACAAGCAGUGGUCCAGGUGGAAGUGA